UGCAAAGUGGAGUAGAGCACAUCAGAGUGCAGGAUAUCUGAGCACAGCAGAGCACAGAGAGGCAGGCACAUCCGCCGCUGGAGGGAUCAAAUCUGUACCAUCUGACGCUCAAGGAUUUAUGGGUUUAGUCAAAAUUGCUUUUCCCACUGUGGAGAUUAAGCACCGUAGGAUGUUUUCCACUCAGGCCAUAGAAUAGCUGAGUGUAGCUGCUGCUGCUGCUGCUGUUAUUUCCUCCCCCUUAUCGACUCCGGCGGUGGAGACGGGAAUGUCUCAGCAAGGCAGAGUGCUCCGAACCCUUCAGGGGAGUAAAUUCUGACUGACAGGAGAGGUCCGUCCUCUGGGGAAUGUGAACCAUGCAGGUGGAUGCUGUUCUUGUGCUCUUCUGUGUUUGGCUGGCGGGUGCAGCGGGGAGGAUAGCCCAGUCGAGGGGUCACAAGCUGGAGACCUACAAACAGAGCAGGUCACGAAGAGAGACCAGGAUGGAUGGGGGUGGAGGCCACAAAUCUGGAAGCCCCAUUUACAAACGAAGUCCAGACAUGACGAAAUCUCUGAUGACAAAAUCUGAGCAGCUCCUGAGAAUAGAUGACCACGACUUCACCAUGAGGCCGGCAUUCGGAGGUCCUCCAAUUCCUGUUGGAGUGGACGUUCAGGUAGAAAGUCUGGACACCAUCUCCGAAGUGGAUAUGGACUUUACCAUGACACUGUACCUGCGUCACUACUGGAAGGACGAGCGGCUGUCGUUCCCGAGCACCAACAACCAGAGCAUGACCUUUGACAGUCGCCUGGUGAAGAAGAUUUGGGUUCCUGACAUGUUCUUUGUCCACUCCAAGCGCUCCUUUAUCCACGACACCACGACCGAUAACGUCAUGCUGAGGGUUUACCCCGAUGGCAACGUCCUCUACAGUCUCAGAGUCACCGUCACUGCCAUGUGUAACAUGGACCUCAGCCGCUUCCCUCUGGACACCCAAACCUGCUCGUUGGAGAUCGAGAGCUAUGCAUACACAGAUGAUGACCUGAUGCUGUACUGGAAGAAAGGCAACGAAUCCCUGAACACGGACGACAGAAUAUCUCUGUCCCAGUUCCUCAUCCAGAAAUUUCACACCACCACCAAGCUGGCUUUCUACAGCAGCACAGGCUGGUACAAUCGUUUGUACAUCCACUUCACCCUGCGGCGCCACAUCUUCUUCUUCCUGCUGCAGACCUACUUCCCUGCUACUCUCAUGGUCAUGCUGUCAUGGGUGUCCUUCUGGAUCGACCGCAGGGCCGUCCCCGCCAGGGUGCCACUAGGCAUCACCACAGUGCUGACCAUGUCCACCAUCAUCACCGGGGUCAACGCCUCCAUGCCGCGGGUCUCCUACAUCAAGGCAGUGGACAUUUACCUCUGGGUCAGUUUUGUCUUUGUCUUCCUGUCGGUGAUAGAGUACGCGGCGGUCAACUACCUCUCCACCGUACAGGAGAGGAAAGAGAGGAAGCUGAGGGAGAGACUGCCGUGUACGUGCGGCAUUGGCAACCCGGACGAGAUGAUGAUUGACCCCCAGAUCACUGGCUACGGGUCGAUGGAUGUCAACACCACGGGAAAUUAUGGGAUGCCAGAGAAUGGCGGCCGCCAGGAUCGAAUGUUGGCUCAGGUGUCACUGAAUGACCCGCAGAUCGCAAGCCAGGUGAAGCCAUCCAGAGGCUACGUGAACAUUUGGAUAGACACCCACGCCAUAGACAAGUACUCGAGGGUUGUGUUUCCUGGAGCGUACAUCCUCUUUAACAUCAUCUAUUGGUCCAUCUACUCGUAACCCGGGUUGCAGAAGUAGAUCCUCUUUGGGAGUCGUCCGUGAUGAGACUCCAGGAGUUUGGCUCCUUUGUGAAGGAGUGGGAAAAUAUUGGCAUUUGAUGCUUUUCAGGCAGAGAAACUGCACUUAAGAUGCAUGGGGACCAUUGACAGAUUGGUGACCAUUGCCUUCUCGACCCAGCCACUUAAAACUGAAUGAGCUACCGACAAGCAGGACAGUCGUCGUCACUGGUUUUGUCACUCCAUCAAAUCUAUGUGGUUUCAUGUUGUAACUAUAGUGCUGUUGGUGGAAGGACAUUCUUGUUGUCGCCUGAGGACUUCACUGCGCAGAGAGACGCACAAACACGGACCUGUGUAACUCAGCCACACUUCAGUUCUCGAUGCAGUGACUCUUUUUCAAACUGGAAAUGUGAGCUAGAAACUGACAUUACCAGCAUAUGGACAGACUCCAUCUGCUUUGCAUAUGAACUAAACUUGACAAUCAGUGGCAAACUAAAAAUGUUUUAAGGAAUAGUUUGGCUCAUUUGCUUUCUGGUGGAAAGUUUGACGAGAAGAUUGAUACCGCUCUCAUGUCUGUACAUUAAAUAUGAAGCUACAGCCAGGGGAUGGUUAGCUUUGCCUAGCACAAACACUGUCAACAUGGGGCACUGUAAAUAGCUACCCUGCUCUGUCCCAGCUUCAAAACCAACAAGUUAUAUCUCCUUUGUUUCAUCUGUACAAAAAUGGAUGUGUAGAAACAACAUUUUUCUAUUUAUAUAAAACCAUAUACUGAAUCACAUAUUUGUUUACAAUUACUUUGGGUAGAAGAUCCACGCGUCACGUACAUAAAAUCAAACGGCACAGAGGAGACGCUGCCUCAACUGGUUAUUUUAGUGCCUCAAUCAGUUUAGUGUAGUUUCUUAGGAUCCCCAUUAGCUAAUGCCCUGAUGGUAGCCAGUCUUUCUGGGAUCCAACACAUAAAUUGCACAAUUUAACAAAAAAUGUUGUACAUUAUAUACACAUUCAAACAUCACAUUACAUAGAAAAAACCCCCCGAAAAAAUCCCUGUAAGGUUUCGUAGGUGGUAAUCCCUUACAAACAGGAUGAAACCAGGCAGGAUUGAGAUGUAACAAGGGGAAAUAAGCAGCAUGACCAGCAGGGAUUGUUCAGAGCUCUGUUUUUUCUUUACUUAUACAAAAUAAGCAAGGUACAAAAUGUCCAUGAUCUUUAGUUACAGCAUAAGAUUUUACAAAAAGGGUAAAAAGGCUUACAGGCGCAGCAGAUGUGACCCCCAACCUGACCCCCUCUCUCUGACACACAAACUACCUUCCUCACCUGGCAUAUCUACCCCUGGCCUGUACCAUUACAUAGAAAGGUUCCCAAAAACCCCAUUACCAUACUAUAGACAAUACAUGUACAAAUUAACCCCACUAAUACUUACAUACACACAAUACAAAUAAAUGCUGACUAAUACAGGUUAAACAAAACACAUAAUAAACUGACGAGAGACCAAACAAAAGCCAAACUCAACACAAACCCUCUACCCUCUCCCCUCUCUGCUCCUACACUCUUGGUUCAGCCUAACCAGGUAAUUAUUGGAGCCAGCUGGAGUCCUGUGGCUCAUGUGUGCACUCCAUGAAACCAUGCCCUCCCGGAAGUUGACCUCAGAGACAAAGAGGAGUUAGCAGGGUUCAAAAUAAAAGCACAACAACAACCAAAAGAAAACUUCCUGUAUUAGUUUAACACAUCCAACUUUACUAUAUGUGUGCAAUGUUUGUCACCUUAGUGAGGGGGAUGCUUCCCAGCACCCUCACAAUCCCUCAUCAAAUGCUAGACACUUGUUAGACACUUUCAUAACUUACAUUAAUCUCAUUUACAGUUUGUUCAUACAGUUAAUUGCAAUAAAUACUCCUUUAAUGUUAUCUUGUAAGGUAAUGCAGGGAAAAUAGUCCAAGUAUAGCGUUGCUUGAACUUAUACUGAUAUUUUUAGGUGAGUAUUUAUAGGCAGGUAAAAUACAUUUUGUCCACAGCAGUACAGGUGGGCAGCUUUGGAUCAGACUGUCCACUAAUUAGAAGAUCAGCUGUCGAUCCCUGGCUCCUCCAGUCCGCACGUCGAAGUAUCCUUGAGCAAGAUAAUGAACCCUAAAUUGCUCCUUAUGGCUGUUCCAUCAGUGUGUGACUGUGUUCAAACUGUGUGUGAAUGGGUGAAUGUGACUUGUAGUGUAAAAAGCGAUUUGAGUGGUCGGAAGACUAGAAAGGUGCCAUACAAGUGCAGGUCCAUUUACAUUACUUAGCUUCCAUGCCGGUAGAUUUGGUUAAUCAAAGUUGCUAGCAAAACAGCACAAUACAUAAAAUAAGCACAGCAGACACAUCAGACCAUCGUGUUUACCUUCAUUCAUUCAUUUUCCGUAACCACUUAUCCUGUUAGGGGUCGCGGGGGGGGGCUGGAGCCUAUCCCAGCUGACAUUGGGCGUGAGGUGGGGUACAACCUGGACAGGUCACCAGACUAUCACAGGGCUGACACAUAGAGACAGACAUUCACAUGGGCAAUUUAGAGUCGCCAAUUAACCUGCAUGUCUUUGGACUAUGGGAGGAAGCCGGAGUACCUGAAGAAAACCCACGCUGACACAGGGAGAACAUGCAAACUCCACACAGAAGGGUUCCCGCACCGUGGGGUUUGAACCCCCCACCCUAUAUGCAAAUCAGGAACCCUCUUGCCACCGUGCCACCUCUCUCUCUCUCUCUCUAUAUAUAUAUAUAUCUUUACAGUUGUAAUUUCACAUAUCUCGGCGGUUUAAAUCAAUUGAUAGUUGUCAAUCUAGAAGUGAUUGUAGCAAGACAUCAUGUGAUGAGAUCCAUUUCUUUGCUGGGACCAGUAACUUCCCGGAGUCUGCAUUGGUUGUCUGGCAACUGCUCAGAGGCAAUAAACAGUCGGGGACAUAACAGAGCAUGUACUUUGCUUUUACACUUUAGUUUUUGUACAGAUUAAACAAACAAAAGUGAAUUAGUGAGCUUUAGUGGUGCUGGCAGGCAGACAUGUUGUCUUUGGAAAGAGGCUAGCUGUUUCCCCGUUUCCAGUCUUUGUGCUAAGCUAAGCUAACCGUCUCCUCGCUGUAACGACUUGAGAUUGGUAUCAAUGUUGUUAUCGAACUCUUGCCGAGAAAAUGAAUAAGCGCCAUUUCCCAAAAUGUGGAACUACUUUGCUGAAAGCCAGAUAACCUGAUUAUUCUUAAAGUUUUUUCUUUUGCAGCACGUUAGUAUGAUUCAGUAUGUGUUACAUUUUCUUGUGAUCUUUGUAUCGAUGCAGCUAUUUUGCUGUCGAGCUACUUACUGCAUUGCAUUUGUGUAAUUUGAUAAAGUUUAGUAAAAAGGGCAGAAUAAUGCAGUCUAUUAAAAUCACAAAUGUAAAAAUAUAUGUUUAGUAAAUCCCAAACACCGAUCAUGGUACUGACUUUUUUUUUUAAUGUCCUUAUUUCUUCUUUUUUUUUUUCAAUACAACUGAAGCUCAUCUCCUCUGUUUGGUGUUGUGAGGCUUUGAGGUUCACUGUGACCUGUUAGUUGCUAGUUUUAUCGUCUUUUUCAGCUUAAAACAACUUUAUACUUCAUUAGACAAAAGAUAUAUUAAAGAUAUCUUUUGGUGGUUCAUGACAUUUCACUGACCAAACAUACAGAUAUUAAAUAAAACUUUGGAAAAAAUGUUAUAUAUGAGAAAAAAAAAAGUUUAAUAAAUGUUUUGUUUUCUGACAUUGUGAAAUUAUUGGAGCGGAGCUUUGGUGCUGACCCACACAGUCACAAUAAUGUACAUCUUAAAUCUCCAUGUAAUAAAUUUAGUAGGUACAAAUGUGAAUGUGAAAUGAAUAUUGCUGCAGCAGACAUCAAUUAAAAACAGCUAAAAACACAUACAACAGACACAGUUGAAGCAUUUGGCAACGUUUUUCUGGUGCAACCUCUCAAGUCCCAAAUUUUUUAUCUUGUUUUCCUGUUUUCUUAUACAGUAUAUUUAAACAGUGCUGGAGGAUAAGCUUU